AUGCCCAAAGCCCCCGGAGGAGAUGCGCGUCAAAUGAGACGUCACAACCCAUUGUCAGAAGACUACGCACCUUCCAACCCGCACAAGCAAAAAGCACCAAAGAGAAAAGGACGCUCCACCGCCGGCGACGAGGACAAUGAACAACAAGCAUACAUCGACUCGAAAGCGUCAAGGAAGAUUAUAAGUCUGGGUCAGGACUUGACUGCCGAGGAAGAGGCCGAGCAAGAGGCGCGCAGACCGCAAAACGGAACGAAAUCGGCUUUCGAGUUUGAGAGAAGUUUGCGCGAUGAGGAGGACUCUGAUGAGGAGGCUGGUAUCCCUGCAGACGAUGAAGCUUGGGGUGAUGAGGAAGAUGAGGAGGUAGAAGAGGUCGAGGUGGAUCCUGAAGACUUGGCCAUGUUCAACAAGUUCAACCCCGAAUUCGACCCUUCCACACUGCUGGCACCGGAGUCGAACGAGGAGCAGGGAGACAGCACCAAUCUUGCCGACUUGAUCUUGGAAAAGAUUGCUCAGCAUGAGGCUAGCCAGGCUCAAGGACAUGUCAUCCGUGGCGGUGGUGCUCCCGAGGACGCCAUUGAGUUGCCCGCAAAGGUCGUCGAGGUCUACACCCAAAUUGGUAUGAUCCUCUCACGAUUCCGUUCCGGCAAGCUCCCCAAGCCCUUCAAGAUCCUGCCCACCCUCCCCCAAUGGGACACCCUCCUCUCCAUCACCCGCCCAGACUCCUGGACCGCAAACGCAACCUACGAAGCCACCCGCCUCUUCACCUCCUCCCGCCCCGCCGUCGCCCAAGCCUUCAUCCACGACAUCCUCCUCGACCGCGUCCGCGACGACAUCCGCGAGACCAAAAAACUAAACGUCCACCUCUACAAAGCCCUCAAAAAGGCCCUCUACAAACCCGCCUGUUUCUUCAAGGGCCUGCUGUUCCCUCUACUCGCUUCCGGAACUUGCACAUUGAGAGAGGCACAUAUCAUCAGCUCUGUGCUCGUUCGUGUGUCCAUUCCUGUCUUGCACUCUGCAGCCGCCAUCCACCGUCUCUGCGAAAUCGCCGCUGAGCAAAUGACCGACAACCUCGAAGCCGGCGGUGCGACGAACAUCUUCAUCCGUGUCUUGCUGGAGAAGAAGUACGCUUUGCCCUACAAGGUUGUGGAUGCAGUGGUAUUCCAUUUCCUGCGCUUCCGCGCCGUGGACGCCGAUGCCAUGACCGAUGCUCCUGCUACCAUCAAGGGAGGAGAAAAGUUGCCCGUGCUGUGGCAUCAGUGUUUCUUGGCCUUUGCACAGAGGUAUAGAAACGAUAUCACUGAAGAUCAGAGAGAGGCGCUGUUGGACCUGUUGUUGGUCAAGGGACACAGAUCUAUCGGUCCUGAGAUUAGAAGGGAGUUGUUGCAAGGAAGAGGAAGAGGUGUUUUGGCUCCCGAGGUGGCCAUGGCGGGUGUGGAUGGUGAUGAUACUAUGGUUGAUAUCCAAUAG